AUGAUGACGAGGAAAUUGAGGAGGAUGAGGAAGAGGACGAGGAGGAGGACAGUGAUGAGGAUGAUGAUGAGGAAGAGGAAGACGAAGAAGACGAGGCGAUGGAAGGCAGUGACGAUGAGGAAGCAGCGGCAGCAGCCAUGGCAGCUGAGAAAUCGUCAAAGGGAAUGGCGGCGGCUGCAGCGGCUGCUGUUGAGAAGCGAG